AUGAGCGACGAACACGGUGGUCUCGCCGCGAGCCACCCGGAGCCACCCUCCACCCCGCCCUCGCCCACAACCACCAUCCAGCCCUCAAUGACCAUCCACACCGACUUCAUGUCCAGCAUGCCUCCCAUGACCAUGUACCCCGUCUCCUCCGGCACGUCCUCCCGCGCCGCGCCCCCCAAGCGCAAGCAGGUCAAGAACGCGUGCACCAAUUGUCAGAAAGCAUGCAAGAAAUGCUACGACGCCCGCCCCUGCCUCCGCUGCGUCAAGUACGGCCUCGCCGACGAGUGCGUCGAUUCGCUCCGCAAAGAGCGAGCGAAGGGGAAGAAGCGGGGGCCUUACAAGAAGCGCGAUGACAAAACCGCCAACGUCCGGCAGCAGCAGGCCGACGUUGUCGUGCAGCAAGCGGGUGCGUCCCCACUGGCCGUCCCCGCCACCGUCCCCCACCCGACGGCCCAAGUCCCGUACGCUGCACCGGUUUUCACCCAAUACCCCCCCUCUGCUGCGAGGCCCGGGGACCCUCCUUUGUACUUCUCCCCCGUCGUCUACACCGUCCCUGCAGUCCCGCCCCCAGCCGGCCAGGACGGUGAACCAAUCGGUGCUUAUCCUCCACACCCCGGCUUCUUCCCCACCGCGUUCAUCCCCAUCACCUCUCAGUACGGGACGUACAUGGUCCCUCACCCGUACGUCCAGCAUCACCCUCACAUGCGGCCCGACAUGCAAAUCCCCGUCGUCGCCCAUCCCAUGCCGCACCCCUUCCCCGGGUAUCCACAGGCGUACAUGCAGCCUCCGGUGAGGUCACCGGGCGCAGAGGCGGGAACGCCGAGGGAGAUGGUCGAUUCGCGCAGCCACCCUCGCCCGGAGCACGAGGCGGACGCGUCAGGCAAGUGA